AUGAAGCAAUCAUCUAUUAGCGGAGUGUUACAGAACCGAGCGCACAUGGCGACUGUUCAGUUACAACCUACUACAAAGUGUUCAGCAGGCACCGGAGUGAUACCAGUCGGUGGUCGCGGCGUCGAGUCGGUGACUGCGCGGCGCCGCCCGCAGCGCGCCGUCUCCACGGCUAGGAAGCGAAGCGUGGCUAUAAAUCAUCCGUAA